AUGGCCGAUUCUUCUUCCAAUUUCUCUUUACCUUCUGAAACAAUAAGCCCGAGACAAAUAUGCUCCUCAAUUUUUCAUGCUUCUGGUUCUAGGAUCGGAGUUGGUGUGAAAAACUUAUCAGAUUUUGAAUCCGUUUGGAGUCCUACAUCUCCUCUUGAUUGUAGACUUUUCUCGAAUCUUAGCAAUGUUUUCGGUGUUAAGUCUUCUAAGAAAGCUGAGCAUAAGAAGCCGUUCGAUGGAAGUAAAGUAGGCCUUGGGAUCAUAACUUCUCUUGUUAACGAGACCAAAUCUAGUAACGAGAUCCUUGGUGAAUUUCAGAGGAAAAAUAUAAUUUUUGGAUCACAGGUGAAGAACGGCAUACGUCAAUUCUCAAACAAAAAUCUUGAAUCUCUUGCAUCUUGUUUGAAAACCAAUUCCUUGCCAAAAAACUAUGUAAUUUCACUUCCUUCUGAAACCAAAAGUCGCUUAUCAGAAGUUGAAAGAUUUGAUGAUGGUGUCAACCGGGAAUCUUUGCCUGAUUCCUCCAAACCUUCUUCGGUAAUCAACUCAACUCAAAGCUCUAAUUUGGGAACCAAUGAUUUGUUUGUAGAAGUUACUUCUGCAACGUCAAGUUUUGCCCCGGUUAUGAACAGAAAUUCACUAGUAGAUGAUUCUUUAAAAAUCAAAUCAUGUUCACUUCCGAUAUAUGUAGGUUCACUCUCUGCAAAAGAGAUAGAGCUUUCCGAGGAUUAUACUUGUAUAAUCUCUCACGGUCCAAAUCCUAAGCGAACGCAUAUAUUCGGUGACUGCAUUUUGGAAUGCGACAACAAUGACUUUAUUGAGUUCAGCCAGAAAGAAGAACCAGCUUUCAAAUCUUCUCAAGAAUCUGCGCCUCGUCGUUUUGACAGUGUUACGAGCUUUUGUUACUCGUGUAGUAAGAAAUUAGACGAGGAGGAGGACACUUAUGCAUAUAGUGAAGAGAAAGCGUUUUGCAGUUUUAAGUGUCGAUCGGAGGAGAUUUUUGCAGAAGAUGAAACGGACAAGACUUGCACUAACUCAGAAGAGCACUCUCCUAACUCGAGUUACCAUGACGACAUCUUUCUCAUGGCUCUGCAAGUUUCCAAAUAA